AUGGAACCGGCUUCUAUACUUUUAGGCUUCACUAGAGAUACAUUAUACCCCAUCGCACCUACCCACCGUAUUUCUACCCAUGGCCUCCACCCCACCUACCCCCUUCUCUCUCUCUCUCUCCCCACAUGUGGCGGCACCAUCUCCCUCACGUCCAAGCCGAUAUCGUUUUCUUCCAACUCGUCGGACCUUUUCAAGUUUUUCGGCUACGCCAGGUCACGGGCGCCAAUUGUCGAAGCCUCACCAAAGCAUGACCCAUGCUGCAACUCAUCUAAGAUUGCCACGUGGCUGAAUUUCCAGUCGACGUGUCAGCAAGCUUCGUUCGAGACCAGAAAGGAAGAGAGGCCGAAUCUCGUCGGAUUGAAGCGACGAUAA